AUGGAUAAGAAGCUGAAGAAAUUUCUUCAAAAUGCGACCAGGGUGGCGCCGAAGAUAUCCAAGAAGGGUGAACUUUUCGAGCUUAGGAAUGGCCUGGUUUCUCCAUACCCACAAACACGCAAAGAUGCAAUCAAGAAGACCAUUCAACAGAUGACCUUGGGAAAGGAUGUCUCAUCUUUAUUUCCUGAUGUUCUAAAGAAUAUUGCAACAACCGAUGUUGAGCAGAAGAAACUUGUCUAUCUGUACGUUAUGAAUUACGCUGAAACGCAUCCUGAGUUGUGUAUUUUGGCAGUGAACACAUUUGUGAGCGAUGCAUCGGAUCCAAACCCAUUGAUCAGAUGCAUGGCCAUUAGAACGAUGUCCAUGAUUCGUGUUGACAAGAUUCUUGAGUACAUUGAAAUUCCCUUACGCAAAACUCUUCAGGACGAUAACCCAUAUGUUAGAAAAACCGCCGUUAUUUGCGUGGCAAAGCUCUUUGCCCUGAAUCAGGAACUCUGUAAGGAACUUGGCGUCCUUGAGGACCUCGUAUCCGCACUUGAAGACUCGAAUCCAAUGGUAGUGGCGAACGCGAUUGCUUCUCUCACGGACAUUUAUGAAACAGACAGCACAGUUGUGCCCCUACCGAAAUUAAUUCAGGGACAUGUGUCCCAAUUCCUGCUUGCCUUGAACGAGUGUACCGAGUGGGCACGUAUAACCAUUUUAGGAGCUCUGGCGGAGUAUACUGCUAAGGAUGCAUUAGAAUCUCAAGAAAUUAUUGAUCGUGUUACUCCUCAUUUGCAACAUGUUAACGCUGCCGUGGUUUUGGCGUCUGUUAAAGUGGUCAUCAAAAAUCUUCCCCUCAUUCAAGCAAAUUCAGACGCCCCAAUCUUUGGCAAACUUUCUUCUGCUCUUGUUUCACUGAUGUCCACUCCCCCAGAAAUGCAAUAUGUGGCCAUUAGAAAUAUAAGAAUCAUAUUAGAAAAGUAUCCCCAUAUUUUGUCCCGUGAGUUACGAAUUUUCUAUGUGAAGUUCAACGACCCACUUUACGUGAAACUUGAAAAGAUUGACACUUUAGUGAGGCUAGUCGACCCUUCGAAUUUGAAGCAAUGUACAUUAUUACUUGCAGAGCUCAAAGAAUAUGCCAUGGAAUUUGAACCAGAGUUUGUUUCUAGAGCAAUUUUAGCAUUAUCCCAAUUGGGAGUUAAGUAUUCAGAUUCCAAAUUCGUGAGCAAAGUUUUGGAUAUUUUAGUGGAUCUUUGUGAAACAAGAGAUACCUUUAAAGAUGAUUGUCUUGUAGCGAUGUGCAACUUGUUAAGGCAUUGUGGAUCUGAACACGAUGAAAUGGUUACUCAAGUGUGUUCUAUAGUCAGCACAUGGUCUGGGGCGGAUUCAAUCCUUCAAUCAGACUACGCGAAAUGUAACUUCGUUUGGUUGCUAGGCGAAUACCCUGGAAAAUUCCCUCAUUUGCAAACCGAAUUGAAUUCUUUCAUCGAUUCUUUUGCGCAGGAAGACUCGUUAACUCAAAUGUCCAUACUUAUGGCCGUGGUGAGAUUACAUCGCUCAAUUCCAGGAUCUACUCUACAAAAUGUUUUGGAGUUGGCAACACAUAAUGCAAGAGAAAUUGACAUUAGGGAUAUGGCGAUUAUGUAUUGGAGAUGUUUGUCUCUCGAUGAUUCUAAUGAUGAUUUGAUUAGCGAACUGUGCAGCUCUUCACUACCUGAGAUAUCCACUACUUUAGAUACGUUUUCUCCUGAACUACUGGAAACUCUACUGAGAGAGCUGUCAACAUUGGGAUCUGUUUACUUCAAACCACUUUCAAGCAUGAGUAAGCAAAAUAGGCUUCACAGCAACGCCCUGAGAGGGAAACAACUUGAUGAACUCAAGUCAAUCGCGAGGGAUGAGAUUGCUAAAAACAUGAAUGAAGAAACGUUGCUUGAUUUAGAUGGGGAUAUUUCGUCCAACGCACACACCGAUGGUUCUAUACUGGAUGAACUUAAUGGUUUAUUCGACAUGAAUACUGCAUCGCCAUCCAUACAACGGUCAAUGGACCAGAUGACGUUGAACGACUCUGGAAAGACAAAAUCGCAGUCGAGUAAUACUCAGGAUUUGCUUGAUCUGUUUUAA